AUGGCUGUGCACGGGCCUAGGACUUACUAUAAAUGUGAUGAAUGUGGCAAAACGUUUACCCAAAAGACGUAUAGGAAUAGCCACAUGCUGUCUCACAGGGGUGAGAUGCCGUAUAAGUGUACCCACUGCGGUAAGUCGUUCUUUAUGAAAAAGCAUUUGCGUCGCCACCUGGAGAGCCACGUCAAGAAGAGGCCUCACAUCUGCACUGAGUGCGGUAAGGCAUUUCCCGAGAGCUACAAGCUGGUCGUCCACAUGAGAGAACACACAGGUGAGAAGCCAUACUCGUGCUCGCGCUGCGCCAAGGCCUUUGCCAAGUACGAGAAGUGUGCCAACCAUAUUCGGCGAGAGUGCGGGCCUGCAGCAGAGGGCGAGGAGCUCCGUCCGCAGGUAAAGCGCGCACCGCAAUUUCGCUCAGUUCCGAAGAAGAAGCCUCCUCCUCCGACUUUGAUCUACACUAUCAUCACCACCGAUCAGAUCAGGGACCUGGGCCAAACCAUGGUUCUCCCUUGCGAGAUCGGUUCCUCUCUCGCCACUGGUAUACAAGAAAACGGCAACACCGUGGUCCUCCCGCGCGAGAUAAGUGACAGUCUCGCCGCCGAUAGCCAAGGCAACGGCGACCCCGUGGCUCUCAGGUCCAGCAGCCUGGUCGCCUAUAGCCUCGGCGAUGACGUAGAUGUAGAGCCUCUAGUGUCUUCUUUUGGGAAAACUGGUGACUUGGCCGGAGGAAUGACCCUCCUUGACACGUUCCUGAAGGGGCAGAUCACAGAAGAGAAAAGAGAAAGCGACUUCCAAUUUGUAAAUUUGUGA